AACAUGAAAAAUCACACAAGUUCGAGAGGGUGUUCUCGGUUAUUUUAGUGAAAUCACUUUCUUUAGUAGAUUGUAGAAUGAGAUAGUGUUUGGUGGAACAUGGUGUCUAGUUGCUCCUCGCGCUAUAGUAUUUAGAAGACUAAGCCUUUCUGCUGGGAACAUGUUGUGAUCCCUUAGAUUUUUCAGGUCUUGUUGGGAGUAAAUUCUGCUCGUCUUCAAGUGUUAUAUGGCCAGGAACGAUAUUAUUUGUAAUCGUAGACAAUCCCGAAUAUAUCAAAUCCAAAUAUUACUGAUAAGAGCGAGGAAUAUGAAAAAUUUAAACCUUUUGUGGGGAAUGGUUUGUUAACUGCUCCAGAGUAGCGAAACUUCAGCCGUAACCAUUAGCUUUGUUCUCUUAAUGCUUGCAACAUACCCGGAAAUUCAAGUACGCAUGUAUAUGAGGAAGUUAAUCGAAUUUACCGCACGGACGAUCCAAAAUAUGUUCCAAUGACAUAUAAUGAUAUUAAAAGUAUGAAACUUUUGGAAUGUGUGAUCAAGGAAACGUUACGUCUUCGCAUAUCCAGUCAUCGCCCGGAGGGUGACGCAAGAUAUAGAAGAAGCGCAAAAUAUUGGCCAUUACUAUUCGAUCCCGAUAGCUUCCUAUCGAAAAAGAAUUGUUCUACAUAUUUCUUUCCAUUUAGUUACAGUCGAAGAAAUUGCAUAGGUCAAAAUUUUGCUAUGCUAAAUAUGACAAUAAUCAUUGUUACGCUGAUAAGAAGACUUUUAAUUAAAAUUGCGUCAUACACGAAGUUCAUGAAAUAACUAUAUCAUGUGAAUUUUGGUAUUCUAAUCCUAUAUACAUAUUCUUCCUUUUCUCUUCUCAUUCUAUUUCAUAUCAUCCUCUCUCUCUCUCUCUCUCUCUCACACACACACACACACACACACAUUCUU